UAUGACAUCAGCGUGACAUCACAAGGCAGCAGCUGUAACAGCUCAGCUAGCCAGACCUCCAUGAUAACAGCCCCCUGUGAUCCUGUCAAUGUGGCCUACUCUCUGAAAUGUGGUACAGACUUAGUGACCAUGUCUUGGGAUGCAAGCUCUGGAGCAGUGGCUUACAGCGUGUUCGCUCAGGUGGACGGGUCACUGGAUGUCACUUCCUGUACAAGCAGCAUUACUUCCUGUCAGCUAAACACAUUGGGUUGUGGACAAGUGUACAAUGUGACAGUUCUGGCUGACAAUGGGAUAUGCAAUAGCACAGGAGAGAACAGCUCCAUUCUGAUUACAGCUCCUUGCCCACCCACAAUCCUGUACAGCUCUGUACACUGUGGCACAGACUCUGCCUCUCUCUCCUGGACACCAGUGCCAAAUGCUAUAGGCUACGUAGCUAACGCUUCAUCCACUAACGGCCGGCUAGCUUGGUGCAGCUCAGUUAACGACACUAGCUGUGAGCUAACAGGGCUAGACUGCGGUGAGGUUUACUCUGUCAAUGUCAUCGCCAUGGGAAACCAAUGUGCCAGUGCACCUAGCUCCUCCGUCAACAUUAAUACAGCUCCCUGCGCCCCCACCAUGGUUACCUCCCAGUACAACUGCAGCUCCAACGUAGCCGUGUUGAACUGGGCCGACUCAGUGGGACGCGUCUCCUUCAUGGCUCGGCUGGAUGGAACGGACCACCAGGACAACUGCACUUCAACAGGCACCAGCUGCUCCUUCACAGACCUGUACUGUGGUCACUCAUACAACUUUACGGUCCAGGCCCUGGGAACGGAUUGUAACAGCAGCCUCAGCACACUUGCAGAGAUCGAUACAGUCCCUUGUGCCCCUCAGAAUGUGAGUGCCGGUCUGCUGUGUGCCAACCACUCAGCCCUGAUUACAUGGGUAAGAAACCCCAGGUCUGUGUCGUACAACGUCAUUGUCCUGGGUGAAGACGGGGACUCUAAAAACUGUCACACCAACGACACUAGUUGCCAGGUUCCAGACCUGCACUGUGGCACUAUCUACAACAUCACAGUCACACCCUUCUCCAGGACGUGCUCUGGAGUCGCUAGUACAGCCUACACCUUCAAUGCUGGUUCUUGUGCCCCCACUGAUGUCAUAGUGUCUCCACAGUGUAAUAGCAAUAUGAGCACUGUGUCCUGGACAGCGGUUGCCGGGGCAGAUAUGUAUGUAGCGACCGCCACAGACAAUAAUGGACACAGUGACACCUGCAGCACUAACUCUACAGGAUGCUCCUUCACCGCCCUGCGCUGUGCCCAGACCUACAAUGUCACCGUAGUUACCGUCUACAGGGGUUGUGCUAGUGAUCCCAGCCCUAACGUUGAACUCAGAACAGCCCUGUGUCCACCCAGCAAUCUGAAGGGCUCAGUGUCCUGUCAGACCAACAUCCUGUCCCUGAUUUGGGACGCCAGCCCAGUGUAUAGCGCUAACUACACAUUACACUCCCAGAAGAUAGGGGCCACUAACACCACCAUCUCCUACCCCACGUCUGAUACCUUCCUUUCCAUCUCAGGCCUGCAGUGCGGGGAACUCUAUGCAUUCCAAGUGGUUGCUAGUGACAACACCUGUAACAGCAGCCUUAGCCUGCCGCUGUUGAUACAUACAGUUCCAUGCCAGCCAACCAACCUGGUGGUGAAUGUGGAAUGUGGAACCAACCAUGGCAUUAUCUCCUGGGACAAGAGCCUCGGUGCCAGCUACUACAUCGCAGCGGUGAUGGGUGACGAUGGGCAUGAGGCUUCCUGUACUUCCAACGAUACUUCCUGUGUGGUGACAUUGCACUGCGGACAGAUGUACUCGUCAACACUGGUGGCCUCCACAGACUUCUGUAAUAGCACUCUGCACACUGACAUUACAUUUUUCUCUGCCCCCUGCCUGCCUGAUAAUGUGGUGGCAGAGCUGGACUGUCAGUCCAACGUGUUAACUGUCCAAUGGCAGGAUAGCCCUGGAGAGGACAUCUACACAGCCUUGGCCAUCAGGAGUGAUGGCUACCAAGUCUCCUGUAACUCCUCCUUUAACUCCUGUAGUAUUACCAACCUGCCGUGUGGUCAGACCUAUGAUGUUGCCGUCACUUCCUCCACCAUCAACUGUUCCAUCAUAGCUGGAUCAGACUACAAGGUCCAGUCUGCCCCCUGUGACCCCCAAAACUCCACAGUGGAACUGGAGUGCAGCACCAACGUUGCCACGGUGACCUGGGACCUGACCAGCACAGCCCAGAACUACACGGUUACAGCCACAGAUGCGUUUGGCACCAACUCCAGCUGCAGCACCAGCAAAACAAGCUGUUCCUUCUCAGAUCUAAACUGUGGACAGACCUACACCUUCAGUGUCAUGGGACACACCAAUGUGUGUAUGAGUGAAGUCAGCUCUCCCAUGCAGAUGCUAACAGCCCCUUGCAUGCCCAUUAAUGUUUCUUCCAGUCUGGACUGUGGUACAGGCAUGGCCCUCAUCACUUGGAACAGUGCAGUGGGAGCUACAGCCUACACUGUACAGGCAAAGGGUAACCAUGGUCACAACUCCUCCUGCAGCAACACAGGAACCCAAUGUUCCCUUAGCGACCUGGCAUGUGGGCAGGAGUACACCGUUGUUGUUGUAUCAAUGCAUGCUGGGUGUCUCGGUCAGGCCAGUCAGGCUGUACAUUUCACUACAGCUCCCUGUUCCCCUCAACCUGUGGAAACCCAACUGAACUGCUUGUCUGGAAUGUUGAACAUUGCCUGGCAACCGAGAGCAGGGGCAACCAGUUACCAUGCAACUGUACAGGAAGGAAGAAAUAUAAUGAUGUGCGACACCAAUACAUCUUCCUGUGUCGUCCCCAACCUGAGCUGUGGCAACACCUACAAUGUUACGGUGGUAGCACAGGGCCAAUCCUGCAACAGCUCUCACUCUGAAGCCAAGGAGAUUUCAACAGCCCCCUGCCCACCCACCGCAGUCUCGGCCACCGUGAACUGCUCAACCAACAUUGCUGAGGUCACGUGGCAAUCCCAGAAUGUACUGGGGGUAGCAUACAGUGCCCAGGCUGUGGCAGCCCAGGAGAGUGCAGUGUACUGUAACACGGCUGACACUAAUUGUGUUCUCAUUGGCCUGAAGUGUGGCAGUGUGUACAAUGUUACUGUCAUAGCCUCAAAGGACAACUGUUCCAGUCUCCCAAGCCUGGCAUAUACCUUUUUAACAGUACCCUGUGUGCCCCUCAUCUCUGAGGUUCAGCUGCUCUGCUCCUCUGACUCGGCCUAUGUCACCUGGGCAACGGCUGCAGGGGCAGACCGUUAUGAGGUCACAGCAGAAGACAACCAUGGGGGGACCCGGCAGUGUAAUGCCACUGAUGUCACUUCCUGCCUGGUGUCUGCCCUGCAGUGUGGGCAGCAGUAUGGUUUCAGUUUGACUGCCUCAAACCGGCUGUGUACCAGUGCUCCAAGUGCUCUGAUACAGUCUAUAGCAGCCCCAUGUCCUCCCCAGAAUGUCAACACCUCAGUGGGCUGUGAGAACAACACCACCUCCAUCAGCUGGAGCAACAGCCAGGGGGCGCUGUCCUAUACAGCUAGACUACAUGGGGCUGAUGGAGAGGCAGCUUGCUGUUCCUCCAACACCUCCAGUUGUGACAUCCCUCUGCUUCCAUGUGGAGAGAUCUACAACGUGACAGUGAUUGCCAAGGGACACACCUGCAACAGCUCCCAAAGCUCAGGAUCCCCCAUUAAGACAGCUCCCUGUGUGCCCUCUCCUCCCGUGGUCAACCUGAGCUGCAGCACGAACAUUGCCACCAUAGCCUGGAGCCGCAGCCUGGGGGCCCACCUCUACUCUGUGGUUGCCCAUAGCAGUGUAGGUUACUCAGCUGGCUGCCAAUCAGCAGGCCUGAGUUGCAACCUCAUGUCUUUACAGUGUGGGCAGAUGUACACGGUCAGCGUGACAGCUCAGGACAGCUCUUGCAGCAUUGCUAGCCAGUCAGUACUGGUCAAGACAGUACCAUGCAUGCCUACGGGUGUCGCGGCUGGUUUUGACUGCCAGUCCAACGCUGUGGCUGUUUCCUGGCUGGCAAGUGGCGGUUCCGAGUACUACAUGGCCAUUGUGACGGACAGUACCGGUGUAUCCAGUGGGUGUCAGACGGCGGGGACGCAGUGUAACGUCACAGGCGUCCAGUGUGGAGAGACCUAUCAUGUGACUGUAGUAGGGGCAGACACACUGUGCACCAGUCCAGCGGCCACCGACACCCACACACACUCCGCUCCGUGUGUCCCUGUGGACAUUGCUGUGGAGGUAGAUUGUUCUAACAAUUCGGCGGUAGUAUCAUGGAGAUCCAGCCAUGGGGCCAGAUGGUACAGUGUCUCUGCCCACAGCAACAGGGGCAACUCUACCUGUAGUAGCUCUGACCUGAACUGUACCCUGGUCAACCUCAGCUGUGGCACAGCCUACACUGUACAGGUGGUCGCCGUAGAUGACCAAUGCUCCAGCAACUCCAGCCUGGCUGUGCCGUUCCAAUCUGGUCCAUGUGUGCCCCAGGAUGUAGUAGUCAGUCUGGACUGUAGCCUGAACACGAUCUAUCUGAACUGGAACACAAGUGAGGGGGCAGAGUCAUACACGUUGGCAGUGUAUGGCACAGACAAUUCCUCCAUGGAGAUAGUUCUCAGCAACAACGUUUUCCAACUUCCUCUGCUUUCCUGUGGCCAGAACUACAGUGUGACGGUCGCUGCUGCCUACCAGGACUGCAGCAGUGCCCCAAGUGCCCCGGCUGACAUACAGAUAUGGCCCUGCCCAUCUACUGCCAUCUCUGCCUCCUUGGACUGCCCCUCCAAUAUCGCCAAGGUUGCCUGGGAGGAGAGUAAUGGUACAGUGUUAUACACUGCUACCCUCCAGAGUCCCAGCGGCCAAUCACAGACCUGCAUGUCCAACACUGGUGGAUGCAGUGUUCCUAGGCUCGAUUGCGGCCAAAACUACACUGUGUCUGUGACAGCCUCCAACCUGCAGUGUAACUCUACACCCAGCAUAGGCGCCAGUCUGCAGACAGCUCCGUGUGUCCCUGUGGACAUUGCUGUGGAGGUAGAUUGUUCUAACAAUUCGGCGGUAGUAUCAUGGAGAUCCAGCCAUGGGGCCAGAUGGUACAGUGUCUCUGCCCACAGCAACAGGGGCAACUCUACCUGUAGUAGCUCUGACCUGAACUGUACCCUGGUCAACCUCAGCUGUGGCACAGCCUACACUGUACAGGUGGUCGCCGUAGAUGACCAAUGCGCCAGCACCGUCAGCCUGGCUGUGCCGUUCCAAUCCGUCCCCUGUCCUGCAGAGCCUGCUGAGUCUACACUGGACUGUUUCAGGAACGUAGUUCUGAUGGACUGGGCUGCCUUGGAGGGGGCUGUCUCCUACACUGUAAUGACCAGCUACAACGGUCAGAAACACACAGUCUGCCACACCAACAAUACAAACUGUGAGGUCAGUGGAAUGACCUGCGGACAGGUGUACUCUGUUUCUAUGGUGUCGUCAGACGGACAGUGCGACAGCCCCCCCAGUGUGAGCUGGGACAUUUCAGCGGUACCCUGCCCUCCUCAGAACAUCUUGACCCAGCUCGACUGCUCAGCUAACUCAGCCAACAUACAGUGGGAUCUGGCCCUGGGGGCGGAGUCUUACGUGGUGCAGGCUAUAGACACCAACGGUUACAUGACUGGAUGUGACACGUGGGGGCGCAAUUGUACCAUACAGGGCCUGAUGUGUAGCUCCACAUAUAACAUCAGUGUGGUGGCCAUCAACCAGCACUGUAACAUCUCUAAGAGCAUGGUCACACAGCUUCACACAGAGCCUUGUGUGCCGUCUGCGGUGCGGGGUAAUGUUAACUGUGAGACCGGUGACAUGACAGUGGAGUGGGAGCCUAGCUAUGGAGCCCGCACCUACACCGCCGUGGCCCAGGGCAACGGGGGUUAUGGGUCCUCUUGCAACACCAGUGAAACGGUGUGUGUGUUCAGAGAUCUCCUCUGUGGACACACCUACAGCGUCAGUGUCAGCGCCGCCGACGACACUUGCUCCGGCGCUGACAGCAGCCCAGUCACCGUGGAGACAGUGCCCUGUGAACCCCAGAAUGUCAGCGCCCGCCUGCGCUGCCAUAGCAACGAGGGCGUAGUCUCCUGGGAGAUGAGUGACGGGGUGACGUCGCACCGAGUCUUUACCGUGGGUCCUGAUGGUGAAAGUCUCACCUGCAACAGCACCGCCGCUUCCUGCACGCUACCCCCCCCUGCACUGUGGCCAGCAAUACAACCUGACUGUCACCGCCCUGGGUGGCUCCUGCAAUAGCAGCCAUUCACACGUCACCGUGCAGUCAGGCCCCUGUGCUCCUGGGAACCUGCACACUAACCUCCAGUGCAUCACCAACUCUACCUCCCUGAUGUGGGACAAAAGCCCAGGGGCCCUG